GAAACUGCCCUCUUUUGUGGAUAGUUCUUUUUCGGAGUUCUAGUCCACAGCUGAUACCGUUUACGCAUUUAAUCUAAUAUAAAUUAUUUUUAUUAUUAUUUCUUUUCUCUCUACUCUUCAUUAUUUCUUAUUAAUUUAUUCAUAAUUAACAUAUACAUUAAAUUUUCCAUGUCUUGCUUUAGUCAACUUCCGUUUGUCGUUUUCGACAAAAUUUUGUGCAAACUUAUAAACGCCGACGAAACCACGCUCGACAAGUGGACAGAAUAUUUGCCGCUGCUGGGAGUAUGCCACGCGUGGAGAGAAGCCGCAAAGUGCUUGGUCUACCAAAACGCCAUUCUGGACGGGUCUGCUCGACAGAACCAAGGUUUUGUUGACCAUUUAUCAAAUAAAAACGCCGAAAAUAAACUAGCAAACACAAAUAUAGGGCUGAUAAAGGCCACCGGAAACGCAUGUUUUGCCAAAACACUGCUCGUUAGAAUACAGUAUCCUCCGUAUUACCACUCGCUAGUUACCGAGGCAGACUCAAUUUUUUCAUUUGGAAGCUGCGAUUGGAGUAGCAUCAGUAAAAUCGAAAUCGUUGGAGGUAUGAUUCCGCGUAUCUUUCUCAGCCACGGGCUUCAAUCUGAGGUUUUGCAAUGCUCCGGGCACUUUCACGAACAGCUAAUCACUCACAUGCCACAUGUCAGCAACUUUCGUCUUUUAUCCGACCAGGAUGGGUCCGUAUCAGCAAUUUUCAGCCCGCUUUUGAUCUUGUACUCGCACAAUCUAAAACACCUUUGGAAUUACGAACCGCUAUUGCUAAAAGAGCCGGUCUAUUUUAGCCAGCUGGUGUCACUUGAUGUUGAUAUACGUCUUACAACACAUGUACCGAUGAUUAACUGUCAGACACUACAGAAAUUAAAAUUGAGAAAUAUUCCCAGGUCAUUUAUGUGGAACGAGCUGGCAAACACCGGGCCCACUGAUAACUUCGUGUUUUCAAACUUGCACGAGUUGAGUUUGGAUUUCGUAGCCGGGUCAUAUAUGGAGGAAAACAAAAGCACCGCAAAGUUGUAUUUUCCAGCUCUGCGAAACCUGGACAUUGCAGUUCCCACAUUCCGCCACUUCGAGCAUCUACUGAGCUUUGAAAACUAUCAGUGGCCAAACGUGACAAAAUUAAACAUUUUCAUGUGCGAGCUUUACAAAGGCGAUUCAAACCAAAUAUCGAGUAUCCCCAUUGAGCACAGCAACUAUUUGGCUACGCAAACCAAACACCACAUGCCCAGUAUUACUCAAAUGCGCUUGGACUAUUCUUCGUAUAAAAACAACAAGGUGUAUUUCUACAAUGCAUUGGCCAACCUGUACGCUAACCAGUUAACUCAUGUUGGGUUUGUUUAUCCAAUGGAAUUUACAGCAAAACAGUUUUCGCGCGAGCUCACGCACUUGACUCUGAAUGCCAAUAACAAUACUCUGAGCACGCUACCGAGGAUAUAUGCCGAAUCACUAAAAUGCUUAAUGCUUAUCAACCUUGAGUCCACAUUUACUUGGGACAUGUUUCAAGAUAAAUUGGUGACAGAAACUAUAAAUUUCAAGCAACUAGAGGAAAUGGUUAUAAAGUACAACUUUGCUGAAAGGGACAUUGCUUUUGAAUAUGUCCAGUUUAUACGCUAUCAAAAAAACCAAAACAGUACGCCGCUUAUGUUGUGCCCAGAGUUGAAGAGUCUAACUAUUAUGGACGCAACAAUUAACAGGCUCCAAAGAAUUAUAUGCUACGGCUCUAAUAUAUGGCCAAAAAUACAAAAACUAGAAGUGUAUUUGAAUGAGCCUAAUACCUCUGAUAUCUGGUACAAUGAUAGUACUUGCGAGUAUAUGCAAGCUACAUGCGUGUUUGCAAAUAAUUUAGUUAAAACACUGCCACAUAUCGACAACAUUGGCAUACACUCAUCCGACAAAUGCAAUGCGUAUAUGAGCAAAUUUUGCAGUAUUAUUUUCAACAGCUACGUACACCAACUGAAAUCAUAUCAUUGCGAUGUUCCUAUUGAAUCUACUACCAACACAUUUUCACCAGAGCUAAGCAGCUUGAGAAUUAAUUCAAACAAUAUUAACAAUGUGCCGCUAUUUACCAUAAACAGGGGAAACACAGAGUGCGUUAAAAUCGAAGGGGAUCUCAGUAAUCUUACUUGGAACAGCUUUACGAGCAACGACAGCGAAUCAAAUGAGAUUAUAUUCAAAAAUUUAAGAACCUUUAAGCUGAACCAUUGCAACAGCGGCUCUACAAACAAAUUUACUGGCCAGGUUGGUUCUAACAAUGCAACUGAGCAACAGCCAUUUACCUUAAAAAUGCCAAAAUUGAAAUAUAUAGAUAUUUGUGACGUAAAUAGUAAAAGCAAUAUCUUCAACUCGUCUAUUGAGUUUAAGCGUAUAGACAAAGCAGAGAUAAUGGGGUCAUACAAGUCAUUGAAGCUGAUGAACUCUUCAAGCAGGGGAACAAUAGGUGAUUGCGAUGUUAUGUUGACCCCAGAUGCAGAUAUGGAUAUGAAUGACUUUUAUGAAACAACAAACAGCUUUUUUGGAGAUACAAAUGCUAUUAAGUAUUCGGUUCUUGAUUUGAACAUAGACAUGUCUAGAUUUGAUGCACAGGUAAUAUGUUGGACUAAUCUCCAUGCUCUUGAAAUUUGCCAACAAGUAAUGUUUACCUCAAUUUUAGAUUUAUUGCCAAAAGUUCCCCGGUUGACCAAGCUGAUACUAGGCAAAAUCAGAAGUGACAGUGCCUUUGAGCUAAGCCUUAAUCAAGUGCAUCCGAUCUCAACAAACAUCACCCAACUGAAGCUGAAUGGCGCAGUAACCGCAAGUUCCAAGGAUAUAAAACCUAAUUGCAUAAAAUACUUAAUACUGGCAAUAACGUCACUGGAACAGGUUAUAUUUUUAUCUGAAGAGUUUGGCCAGGCCUCUUUUGUCAAAAAGUUCAAAGCGUUGUAUCCCCACUUGGAGAAUAUCACUUUUGAAUAAUAUAGUAGUUUUAGAUUAACUUUUAUUACGUAAUAAACUUUAGCAAAUGCACA